ACUCUGAUUGGCUGUCUUCUCCAUCAGGGUCACGCCCACAGCUAAGGUCAAGAGCGUAUGUCUGUUUCUCACCAGCUUCAUGCUACCAGCCGGCUAAACCCAAGGUGUAUCGAAUUGUAACGUUUGCUAUUGUGCAAUUUAAUAUUAAUAUUAAAAUGAACAUUAAAAUGAGCAUUAAUAUGAAUAUGAAAUUAAGGAAGAUAUUCGUGAAAAGGCAUAGGGAAUAGCUGGCUAACGUCGACUCAUGGUCAAAACCAUCGAAGGGUGUCAACCAGGGGAACUUUAACGAUCAUAGUGGCCAGUGCGGGACAGAGAAAAGUAAUCAGUCAACCCUAGUAUUAGAGCCAGCAGGUGCUUGCUUCUCUCUCUUCCAGGGAGUUUUUAAAAAAGUGAUGGACUUCCUCGCUGGCUGCAUUGGUGGUGCUGCCGGCGUCUUAGUGGGGCAUCCGUUCGACACAGUGAAGGUCAGGCUGCAGAUUCAGAAUGUGGACAAACCUCUUUACCGCGGGACCUUUCACUGUUUCCAGUCCAUCAUACGGCAAGAGUCGAUGCUCGGUCUGUACAAAGGCAUCGGAUCCCCCAUGAUGGGCCUGACCUUCAUCAACGCCAUAGUGUUUGGCGUCCAGGGUAACGCCAUGCGCUACCUGGGCCGCGACACGCCCAUGAACCAGUUUCUGGCGGGUGCGGCCGCCGGCGCCAUCCAGUGCGUGAUCUGCUGCCCGAUGGAGCUGGCCAAGACGCGGCUGCAGAUGCAGGGCACCGGGGAGCGCAAGUCCACCAGGAAGCUGUACAAGAACUCCCUGGACUGCCUGGUGCGCAUCUACAACCGCGAGGGCUUCCGCGGCAUCAACCGCGGCAUGCUGACCACCCUGAUCCGCGAGACCCCCGGUUUCGGCGUGUACUUCCUCACCUACGACGUGCUGACCCGCGCCAUCGGCUGCGAGCCCGAUGCGCCCUUCAUGAUACCCAAGCUCCUGUUCGCAGGCGGCAUGUCGGGCAUCGCCUCCUGGCUCUCCACCUAUCCCGUGGAUGUGAUCAAGUCCCGCCUACAGGCGGACGGCGUGGGCGGGGUCAACCAGUACGCCAGCAUCGCAGACUGCGUGAGGCAGAGCGUCAAGAAGGAGGGCUACAUGGUGUUCACGCGGGGCCUCACCUCCACGCUGCUCCGGGCCUUCCCCGUGAACGCCACCACCUUCGCCACGGUCACGCUCGUCCUGAUGUGGGCCCGGGACAGGGAGGCAGGGCUAAAGGACUGUGAGGCGGCCCCGCCGACCCACCCUGCCCAGCUCCAGGCGCCAGGCCAGGACCAGGUGCAGGUCUCCAGCUUCUGAGGGUUGCUUCCUCCGGCUUUUGAGCAAGGCACUUUGCCGGGGAUUGUUAUAAAGUUUCCGAUCCGACCAAUGCAUCCCAACUUUGAAGGUAGAGUGUUAUGCUUUGGUUCGGUAAAAAAUUGCAAUACUGUUAUAGUAAUAAUAAUAAUGCUGUCCAAAACCGAUAUAUAUUUAUUUUUUUAUAUGGCAUUUAUAAAUUUGAGAGGUAUUACCAAAUUACGGAGUUUGCCUUUUUACCAAAUGUAUGGCAGUUUGUUAAAACUGCCAUAUAUACAAACUUUCGUGAUGUACAGCUGGUAUUUAGCAUAAAUCAUAUUUGCAUGCUGGUCCAUAAUUUUUGAUCUAAUGUAUGAACUAAUUGACCUACAAGACAUAAGUACUUAUUCUUUCUCUGAAUAAGUGUUUGAUAAGGGAUAAUGAGCAAUGGUAAAUAACAACGAUACGCUUAAGAAAUGCAUAAACAUUGGCUGUAAACUGUCUCGAAGCCAUGCUCUAUGCAUGUUACUAACCCAGGAUCGUCUAAUGAACUGUAUCAGGUCAAACACUGAAACCCACUGAAAACACUGUACAUCAUGAGGUUUUGGGCUGCAGUUAUAUGCAUAUUUUUUGUUUUAUUUAUAUUUAUACAUGCAUGUAUAGUUUUUUCAGCCUUAUUUUUAUUCUCUUAAAAUCGAUUGUGAUCGUGAAUGGGGAAACCAAUCUGGAAGAUGGCAUGGGGCACAGCGAUAUUAACGUAUCUGACAGUUUGUUUGCUGAACCAAAACUAGUUCAAAUUGGCUAGAGUGGGCCUUAUUGUGUUAUUACUGAAACACAUUCGCAUGGUGCUGGUAUUUUCAUGUCUUUGUAUGUCAUCAGAGGUUGUGACAACCUUGCUGCAUAUUUUUAGUCUGUACUUUAUUUGUAUUAUUAUGAAUGGUUUGUUGGGUCUUACUAACUUAUGUUAAUGCUGUUCUAUCAUUUGUUGUGUUUAAAAGUUUUAACCUUGGCCUAGUUUCACAUAAUGCUAUUCAUUUGCGACUUCAAGUCUCUUUGUUUGUGUCGUAGUCUGAUAAUGAAUGUGUAGGGUUUGGUUAUCACAGUGACGGCUGUGAACAAAUGAAAGUCAUAGUACUCACUAUGCAUUUUAACUUGUGAUGUAUCAUUUUGGGUGUUAGUGUUAUUUUGAUGGACCGGGCACUGCACGUACUGAUCACGGUUUAGUCAGGAUCAGCCCCUUCUGUGUAUGUCUGAGAUGUGUGUUUUGUCUGAAGAUCUUGCUGUAAAACAGUCUUGUUUUCUUUUUAACCAAAAAGGCUGAUUUGGUUUGCCUUCUAAUGCAGUAAUUAUGAAGCACAUUUGACUAAUGAUCUUCUUCCUCCUUUCUCCGUUAUACUAACAUACACAACCCACACUUUCUGGGUUGGAGGAUCUCUGAUGUCAGAAAGGGAUAAAGCUAAGGAGUUGUGUGGUACAAGGAUGUGAAGGGUGGAAUUCAGGCAGAAAGUUUCCAUUUUGAAUGUACCCGCAAUGACCAUUGACCUCUAAAGGCUACAGGAUUGGGAUAAAUCACAAAUUACACAAUUGCACAAGAAGGGGAAAAGGUGGAAUGCAGGCAGUAAGUUUAUAUUAUGAAUGUACAUGCAAAGACCAUCUACUUGUUAAAGCUAUGGGAUAGGACGACGUCACAAGUACUUAAGAUAUCCUGAAUGUAUCGCUCUUAUGACCCCAUGGGGUCUGGGAUCUGCUGCUGCUUUGUCGUGGCGUUGGUCGAUGUUUUGAAGACUUACUGGAAAGAAAAACUAUGCAGCUAUCGCAGUGUCUUAUCCGUGGAAAGACAUUGGUGACCAUGAACCACAUGGUGAAAACAUAGAGUGAGUCGCCCAGGCAAUAAGUCGCAGAUGCAAUAUCUACUGUGUGUAAUGUCGAUGGAAUGAGAUGGCUGCUAGAUUGGUUUAAAGUACCGGGAUGUGUAAAUAAAUUAAAAAUAUAUAUGUGUCUGUGUACAUAUACAUAGAUAUUUUUCAAUCUAAAUGUUUUUUUUGGAAUGUUAGCAUUACCAUGGUUUUUCGAAAUAUAUUUAUUCAGUCCAGUUUUACUGUGGAUGGAUUUUAUCAAGAUAAACAGCUGAAAUGUAUUAUUACAUAUUUUUCUUACUUGCCUCUGAAACUGUUUGUGGAGAUGGUUCCUGAUGUUGUGGACAGGUGGUUAAAUAAACUCAAGGAUCAGUA